CAAUUGUUCACGACAACAAUAGUGACAAUACGGUAGUAUACCAUCCCUUCCUUCAUGGACCGCAUGUCCCAUACAUCCUUCAUACGUGGGGACCCAUGUUCAUCUACCAGUUGGCGCAUUCUGUCUUUAAAGAGUCGAGUAUGCCAGCUCGCUUUUUCAUCACGCUCUCGAAUCUGUAUUUCCGUUUUCAACCUCAUGCAUCGAGCUCUGCGCAUUGCCGAAAUUAUGCUAGAGAUCAGCUGGCACACUGAUCGUGGCUCACUUCCUGGUCUUGCGUUGACGUGUCGCAAAUUUGAACGUCCAGCACUUGAUGCCUUAUGGAGGAAUUUGCCAUCCCUAGAGCCUAUCAUCGUCAGCUGUCUACCAACGCAUACCUGGGGCAGUCCCCCAGGAGAACGGAUACUGCUCAAGCCCAUCGAUAAAAAGGCCUGGGACAUUUUUGAUAAAUACGCGCCACGCGUGCGCUCGAUCACACAAUCCGGGGAUCCAUCAUUCAUUAUUGAACAUCUUCGUAUACUAGUGCUAUCUUAUCCAUCCUCGACCAUGUUUCCAAAUCUUCGAAGUUUGACUUGGAAUUGCACACAAAUCCACCUCGCCCUCGAGUUCUUGCGUAUGGCAUUGGUACCUUCCCUGGUUUCCUUGAAUCUACGCAUUACCUCAAUUUCGCCGGCCUUGAUGUCCAUCCUGUCCAUUAUCGGGGCCACAUGUCCUAAUCUCACCUACUUUCGAUCUCAAAUAGAUGACCCGACGUUUCAUCACGACUUUGCGCCCUUCCUGACACCUGCGAUAUGUCAGCUCCGUAAUCUUUCCGCCUUGAGUGUGUGCGACCUAGAUGAUACAGGGAUGAAGCACGUUACGCAGCUAGAGUCUCUGAAGACAUUUUGGCUUUACAUAGCGCCGACUUUUCUCCGACGCACGCGGUUGUCACCACAAUCACUUAGUUUUAAACAUCUGGAUCACUUGGGCCUUCAAGCUCCCGGACUCGACCUUAUAACAGACGUCUUACGUUAUCUCCGAACCGUUCAAACCAAGCAUUUUACCGCCAUCUUUCAGAUUACCGUGUUCGAACAGCAAUCCGGUUCUAUAUCCAGGUUCUGCGGCAUGCUCCUAGAAAGAUGCGACAAAGACACUCUCGAGGCCAUAACACUCGGCGAACGGUUUCUCGUUAACACAUUCGCGCAACCGAGCGACUUCAGCCCACUGCGACUGUUUCACAAUUUAACCCAUUUCGAUAUCGAGGCAGCAUGUACCCUCUCGAUCUCCGAUGACGAACUAAGCGAGCUGGUAGACCUAUGGCCUAAGCUCAAAAUUUUCAAAUUCAGUUAUCUUCACCACCCCGGCAGCACUAGUCUGCCUACCUUCCAUGGACUCAUCAACGUGCUUCGGCUUUGCCCUAAAUUGGUCUCUAUCUCUCUUGUUAUCGAUACCACGCAGCUUGAUGGCAUAGUCGUCACAUCCCGCGGCAAUGGUAUUCGUAAUGGUGGUCUGCAAGAACUUGUCCUCGGUAACUCGCUGAUCAGCUCUCCAUGGGACGUGGCUCUUGUCCUCAGCAGCCUUUUCCCUAAUUUGGCGGGGGUGAAUCUUGCCCCUUGGUUUGGUGACCCACCGCAUGUAUAUUUCAGAGAAAGACAGGCGCUGGAGCAAUGGAUGUCGGUCAAUUACUUACUUGGCGGCUUUCGCACUUUAAAGACACGAUGUUUGGGACAAUGAUGGCCUUCUCCAUGUUGCAAUCAUCUAUGGCAGUUUUAUGCCAAUGUCUACUUCGUACCUGUUGUACAAUUAUCUGUUUAAUUGUGUUGUCAUAAAUGAAGACUAG